GAGAAAGCGAGAAUGCAACAAAAUCACGUGACCUUUGCACACGGCUCUCUCUCUCUAACAUUUUUGUUGAAACGUGUGCUGAUGAAACUCGACGGAUAAUACACUGAUAAACAAAGGAUUUCAACAAUCCCUAGGGAAGGAUGGCUCAUUUUGUCUACCCUGUAGCUAAUGCAGCCCAGCCAGCCACUGCUUAUCCCACAGCUCAAACUGCAUAUGUGGCAGCAGCACCACAGGCCGCCUAUGCUACUGCGGCUCCCCGAGCAGCACAGGCCUACGAGAGCUACCAAGCAGCUCAUGCAGCACCUCAGUAUGCCUACACGACACGCACACAAGUAGCAGUCACGCCUGCAGUGACGUAUGAUCAAACUAAAGCGUACUACCAACCGGCGCAAGCUACUGCAUACACAGCAGCAGAAACACACUAUCAAGCAGCCAAACCGGCCUACAGUACGAGUUCCUCCUACAACACAGCUCAAAGACAACUUGCCCAACCCAAGGCACAGCCUGCAGUACAGGUGACGACAACAGCCUAUGUGUACCCAGCCACAACAUCGCCCGCAGUGACAACAUACACCCAGGCAAGCUAUGCGCCAACCACAACGCAGUCCUCAUUUUCAGGGAUUAAUGGUAACAGCAGCGCACAAACUUGGAACAAGUACAGUAUCUCUCCAGGCUAUGAUGCUGCUCUGUACACAGCGGCCACCUCGUACUAUCAGCAGCAGCAAGCAGUGAAGACGGCUGGGACCUGGGCGGUCAAGAAACCUGGUGUGCCAUUCAAACCCCGGCCCAAGGGGCCUCCCAAACAACCUCAGCUUCACUACUGUGAUGUCUGCAAAAUCAGCUGUGCUGGACCCCAGACAUACCGGGAGCAUCUGGAGGGUCAGAAGCACAAGAAGAAGGAGCAGGCCAUGAAGGGUGGGGCGGCCCCUGCUGCUAGAGGUCACAACCAGUUGAGGUGCGAGCUGUGCGAUGUUACCUGUACGGGAACCGACGCAUAUGCGGCUCACAUCAGAGGAGCGAAGCAUCAAAAGGUGCUGAAGCUGCACACAAAGCUGGGCAAGCCCAUUCCCUCGACUGAUCCUGUGAUAGUGUCCAACUCCCCAGCCACCACCACGACAGCCAAGUCCACGGGCAGCGCAGCCACUGUCACGUCUGCAGGGGGCAAGGCCAUCAUUGGGAAGACUGUGGCAACAGCAGCACAGCAACCAGCCAAGAAAGUGCUUGCAGCGCCCAAAAUUACAUUUGUUGGAGGCACACAGCUGAAGACAACAGGCGCUAAGGCAGAGGAAGUGAAGGUAGAGAGCAUCAAGGUGGACCAGAUGCCAGCCUCGUCCUCCGUAGCAGAUUCGGACGAGCUGGAUGCAGAUGGGGAUAAGUUGAACAUUCUUGGAGAGAAAGAUGUAGCUCCAGUUGGUCAUGAAUACAUUGAGGAAAUGAAGAAUGACCAGGGUAAAGUUAUCAGUUUCAACUGCAAGCUCUGCGAGUGUAAGUUUAACGACCCCAACGCCAAGGAGAUGCAUCUAAAGGGUAGAAGACAUCGACUACAGUAUAAGAAAAAGGUUGACCCCAACCUGCAGGUGGAGGUUAAGCCCAGUAUCCGAGCACGCAAAGUUCAGGAGGAGAAACUGAGGAGGCAAGCUCAGAAGGAGGAGUUCUGGCGACGCAGAGAACAGGAGGAACGGUGGAGGGAAGAGAUGAGGAUGGAAGAGGAGAUGUACUGGGAGCAUCAACGCCGCUACGAGAUGAUGGAGUAUUAUGAAUGGCAGCGGCAUCAGGGACCCCCAGGAAUGAUGCCGCCACGCCCAUUCAUGGGAGGGCCUGGACCAAUGCACAUGAGAAAGCCAGAUACAGCUGAUGAUCGCCAUGUGAUGUCCAAACAUACUGCCAUAUACCCAACGGAAGCAGAGCUUCAGGCAGUACAGCUAAUCGUGUCUUCUUGUGAAAGAGCGCUGAAGCAGGUCUCAGACUUCCUUGCCGACAGUCUGUGUUGCAGUGAUGCGCCGAAAGAUGCCGAAGCCGAGAAAAAGGAAAAGAAAGAAGUAAAGAAGGAGACUGAAGCUAAGGAAGGUGAGAAGAAGAAGGACGAUGACACCUCCCCGCGGGUCCUGAAGGGUGUGAUGCGUGUUGGGGUCCUGGCCAAGGGGCUGUUGCUCCAUGGAGAUCUCAAUGUCCAUCUAGUCGUACUGUGUUCUGAGAAACCCACACGCACACUACUGGAGAGAGUGGCUGACGGACUGCCCAAACAGUUAGCUACUGUAACUGAUGAGAAGUUUGAAGUGAAGCGGUGUGUGGAAGAAGCUGCCAUCAUCGUGAGCAACACCAAGGAACCUCCUACAACAUGCACUGUGACGUUGACGUCGCCGGUGAUGAGGGAAGCUGCUUCAACAGAGGGUGGAGAGACUCUAAGCGUCAAAGACCCUCCGGAUGUGCUGGACAGGCACAAAUGCCUGGAUGCCCUAGCUGCACUUCGACAUGCUAAAUGGUUCCAGGCUAGAGCUAAUGGACUCCAGUCUUGUGUGGUGGUGAUUCGAAUACUACGGGACUUGUGCCAGAGAGUCCCCACAUGGACCCCGCUCAGUGAAUGGGCCAUGGAGCUGCUGGUAGAGAAGUGUGUAGGCAGUGGGGGUAUACAGAUGAGUCCCGGAGAUGCUCUGCGCCGGGUCUUUGAAUGUAUUUCAUCAGGAAUCCUGCUGCCAGGCGGCCCUGGACUGUAUGACCCUUGUGAAAAGGAAGCAUUUGAUGCUGCUCAGUCGCUGACCAAUCAACAGAGAGAGGAAAUCACAGCCUCAGCUCAGCAUGCCCUCAGGCUGAUCGCAUUCCGUCAAAUCCAUAAAGUCCUGGGCAUGGACCCUCUUCCUCCACCACGGUUUCAGAGACAGAAGUUCAACCCUCGCAAGAGACGGCGAACCAGCUCAGCUGGAGGGGAGGGGGAUGGUGAAGCAGGUGAGAAGAAGGAUAAGAAGGAUGGUGAUGAGGGAGCUUCUAUGGACACUGCGGACAAUUGAUGGUGUUGUGUAGACUAGCAUGUUUGUUAUAGAGGAGAUAAUACACAGUUACGUCACUUGGACUGUCGGCGGCACUGGAUGCAAGUGAAUGGAUGGCAUGACAUUGAUUCUUAUCCUUGACCAUCUGUCUGUAUCUUCUGGUAAUUUGGCACUAAUAGCUACGACGAUAACCUAGGUUUGUUGUGCUGUAUGACAAUACCAUAGGCCUGUUGUGCUGUAUUACAAAGAACUAAUUGAUGUGUCGGGCUUCUGUAAGUGUGAGGCUGGGUCAAGACCAGGGAAGCCUUACCUGUAGCCUGCCUGCACAGGUUGGAAGAUCCGAUUCCUUACUACCUGUUGAAUCUUGGUAUCAUGAGCUAAUCACUAAUUACUUUCCAUUUGUGUGUAUAACUGAUCAUGAAAUUCAUUUUUAUCACACGACAUUAAUGUUGUGGUUAAUGUUCUAUUUUUAUGUUGUUUUCAUUUCGUUUAGUACUUUUAGUGGGAUGAAAAAAAUGACAACAAUGUCCAACAUUGUCCAACAUUUUAACAUUUUUCAUUGAUUUCAAUAUUUUCCUAUCAUUUGUUAAAAAAAUAUAAUUAUCAAGUCUCAGACCUUGCCACAAGUUUGAAAUGUAUUCUGUAUGCCUAACAAGGCUCAACUUUAUUGUGUAGUAUUUUGAUAAGACCUAUUUUUGGAGAAAAUUACCAUGUCACAGAAUUUGUUGUUACUCGAUAAAAGAUCUAGCUGAACGCAGAAACUUUGACGGACUGCAUUUAUGUCAGUGUAUAUGCUGUGGAGAUAUGUAUUGUCUGUCAUUGCUACUUUGUGUAUACUUAGCUGUCGGCAUCAGGUUGCGUUUACUUCCUGGUUCACAUUGCCACUUUGAAAUGAACUUCCGUUUAAACAUUGUGUACAUUGAGCUUCAUGUGUUCAUUAUUUAUGAUAGAAUUACUUAAGUUUCAGGGUUUAUGCUUCUGUGUAAACAUGUAUUUAUAGAUCAUCUAUCUGCAUGGACAUAUUUUCAUAAUCUCUGUAUUAAGAUGUAUCAUAAAGAUAACUUCAAAAUGUCUCGUCUUCGACGUGGAAGACCUAGAGCAGUUUUCCUUUCUGAUUACGUUACGCUCUUGUUUUCAAUCUUUGUAAAUUAUCCUUUGGGAAGUAUUUGUUUGCAGUAUGCAUGAUGCUGACAAUGGUGGCCAGCAUAGCAGUCUGAGAGCUUACUGGUUUGAAUGUAAGGCUUACAGCUGUGUAGUGCCUGACUCAGCAGUACAAAACUAGUUCAAAUUGAGCAACCACCUUGUGUGUUUGUGCUGUUGCGGUCUGUACAUGUGGAAAAUGUUGAUGUGCUUUUAUCCAAGUAAACUCAUGAGCACUUCA